UCCAGUAUGAUGGAUAGAACUUUCAAUAAAUGUAUUUGAAUUACUUCCAGGGGGAUUAAAUAGUUUCUGCAGUGCAUUAAUUGCACAGAUCAGUAUUCUUCCUUAAACUGGGAAAUGUUGUUGGAUGUAGCUCGGGAAAGGUUGGCAUCAGAGAGACCAUGGGCAACUCACAAACAAGACUUCCGAAUUCCGGAAUAAUUCAGUCUACUCGAUCAACAGCAUACUCAAGCUCCAUAGAUUAUGACACGGUUUCUCUAGAUAGUGACAGUGACACAGAUUUGCCUUUCCGGUUCAGUUUCACUCGAUUGUCCAAUCUCCCACCUUUACCCGGUGUUCAUCCUCUAGACUAUAAAGCCUACUUACAAGCACCAAGUACAUCUACGGUCAGCACAAAGCAAUCUCAACGCACCAUCAAAUAUGGACGACAGACAACUUUUCAUUUGCCAUUAAUUUCAAACCAUGUUUCUGGUUAUCAGCAAAUGCAUCCCGGAGGUAUUGUUACAGUGAAGGAAAAACCUAAGGAAAAGAAAAAUUCUAAGAAUGGAAGGAAAAAGAAGAAAGGAACCAAGAAGAAACGGAAAGGUUUUCAAAAACGUUAGAAGUCUGUACGUUGGAUUUUUCAAUUUGAUAAAUAAAUGUAAUAUCGACUCAAUGCUUUGAAUUUGAAUUUA